UGCUUCGCUAUGUUCGCAGUCAGACAUUGUUCAAACCUCAAAGAAAACGGGUGUUCGGACUUAAACGCAUUGCUGUUCAUAAAAGAUUUUUGUAUAUGUACAGAAACCACUAAGUGUAGUGAGAAAAAAUUAGUACAAAAGAAAAGUGCUGCAAUGAAAUUAAGUUGAAAUUUCGAGUGUUUUAUCAAAAUCGAAAGUACAAAGCAAACCAAACAAAGGCAAAGUUCCAGCAAAUAAAUGAAUACAAAUUGUUUGAAGUGUUACGCACAAACCUACCUAUUUCGGACAAUUUCCAAAUAUUUCCACUAACUCGUGCUACUCUCCAACCUUACGACGCAGAUAUAACUUAACAUUUAGCGUCCUUCAACGUCCUUCAUUGAAGAGAAUAUUGUGGAAAGAGAAAUAAGCAAUAAUAAUAACUUCAAUACAAAAUCGGGAAGAAUUUUGUAAAAAAAAAAAUUAUGGCUCUACGAUGUGCUGGUCUCUUUAUUAACAAGGAGUUUGCGGCAUCCUCCAUGUUUCUAUCUCAACUCCGCAACCUUAAUAUGACCUCUGUGCGCCAAGCACAUUUCCUGAGGAAUUCGCCUAAUGCAGCGUUGAGCAAAACAUUGUUAGAUCGCUAUCGCACACUUGAAACUCCAAAAAAUCUUGUUCAGGCAACUUACCUUUGGAUUGAUGGCACUGGUGAAAAUAUCCGUUUGAAGGAUCGUGUUUUGAAUAAGGUACCAAAAAGUGUGGAAGAUCUACCGAACUGGCAGUAUGAUGGAAGCUCGACAUACCAAGCUUCUGGUGAAAACUCAGACACCACCCUAAUACCACGUGCCAUUUAUCGGGAUCCCUUCAAGCCAGGUCAAAACGAUAUUAUUGUUAUGUGUGAUACUUACACAUCGGAGGGAAAACCAACGCCAUCGAACAAACGCGCUGCCUGUCAAGCAGCUAUAGAUAAAGUUAUUGAUCAAGAACCCUGGUUCGGCAUUGAACAGGAAUAUACGUUACUUGAUAUUGAGGGUCGUCCCUUCGGCUGGCCAGAAGGUGGCUUUCCUGCACCACAAGGACCUUACUACUGCGCAGUGGGAGCCGAUCGUGUUUACGCCCGAGAUUUAGUAGAAGCUCAUACCACUGCAUGCUUAUAUGCUGGUAUCGACUUCGCUGGCACCAAUGCAGAAGUUAUGCCCGCUCAAUGGGAAUACCAAGUGGGUCCAAGCAUUGGCCUCAAAGCUGGUGAUGACCUAUGGGUUUCACGGUAUAUUCUACAACGCAUUGCUGAAGAAUAUGGCAUUGUUGUUACAUUUGAUCCCAAACCAAUGGAUGGGCCAUGGAACGGCGCUGGUGCUCAUCACAAUUUCUCUACUAAAGCUAUGCGUGCUGAUGGCGGUAUGAAAGUCAUAGAAGAAGCUAUUAAAAAGCUCAGCAAGCAGCAAGAGCGCCACAUUCGUGCCUACGAUCCAAAGGAAGGCAAGGAUAAUGAACGACGUUUAGUCGGCCGCUUGGAAACCUCAAGUAUCGAUAAGUUCUCUUGGGGCAUUGCGAACCGUGGCACCAGUGUUCGUAUUCCACGUGGUGUAGCAAGUGCAGGUAAAGGUUACUUCGAAGAUCGUCGUCCCAGCUCGAACUGCGAUCCUUAUGCUGUUUGUAAUGCUUUGGUGAGAACUUGCUUGCUUGAUGAAUAAACUCAAUAAGCAGCCUAUAAAUUGAGAGAGUGAAGGUCGAUAUACUAUGUAUGUACACAUGUACAUAUGCCAGAAACUACAAACGAAGAAAUCCUGAAGCUCAACUUGAGUCCAUAUGCACAUCUAAAAAUCUGUGAAAUAUAGAGAAGAAACAAAUUUAAGAGAAUUUGCAAAAUUUUCAGAAGAAAAAUGGGGCACAUUCUGUACAUAAAUAAAUUUUAUAAAUUAUUAAAUUAAACUAAAUUUUAAAUGGUACCUAUAAAACGUUUAAUGUCAAAGAUGUGUUGUCUGUUGAAACUUCUUCGAUAUCAUGAUGGAUGUAAAUUCAGUAUAAACAUAUAUAUAUAUUUAAGGGGAGGGCAAAAACCAAACUAUACAAUUAUAUAAUAAAUAUAUAAAAAAUCUAAGUAAUAUUUGUAUAAGGAAAAUUACAAUCUCUUUGAAAUGGAGGAAUGUAAUUAUUUUGUUAUAUAUUAAUGUAUGCAUAUUCUUACAUACCAAAAUAUUCCAUUAUAUAUACAUACAUGAACACUAUCUAUUUUCUACUGAUGUUUUUUGUAAUUUAUGUAUAUUUUUUUUCAAUUCACAACAAUAAUCAUACGAAUCAAUCACAAGUGAAAAAAUGUAUAUUCUUAUAAACACUUCAAUCGCGUUUAUGAGGGUACUUUGUCAACAUAACUUACAUAACGUGGAAUGGAAAAAAGUGGAAUAAGACCAGAAACUCCAGAAUUUAUACUAAUAAUUGAUAGUUGAAUUGCCAAAAAAUUAGCGUUAAACAAA